CUGGAACAUUCUUUCAAUUUACUGUCUACUUCCAAUCAAUUGAUCUCUACUUUUCGCCUACGUAUCAAAAUAAUGGCAAUUAAAGACGGUCAAGCCACCAAUGGCACUCUAACAGCGUCUCCGCUCUCAAAACCUGUCAAGCUUACACGAAUUGAUCCAAUUGGUGUAGGUUCCCAACCUGCUACCCUGAGAAGAUCAUGAGUCGCGAAGCCCAUUCCCUGUGGAAUCCAACAGCGACAAUGAUGAUUCUAUAAACACCAAACCACCCAGAAUUGAUAGCGGGACCAGUGGCUCGUCGCUCUUGGCACUUGGUGCGCUUCAUUUUGUAGCUACGGCUGGAUUAAUAGUAAGUACCGUAUAACCCGCUAUAUACUAGCCCGAGAUUAGGUUGCUGUCUCUAACAACCACGCUCGGUGUUUUUUUCAAAAGUACUACGCUGGCGGCCCCCUGAAUGAGUACUCUAACAGCCAAAUUGCUUGGAUACCAGCGCUCCAAAUCUUCUUCAUGUCGUUUCUUAAUCCCGUUCUUGGUUCGUUGUUCGAUUGAUACGGCCCCCGAUGGCUUCUUCUUGCUGGCCAUCGUUCACGUCUUUGGCCUGAUGAUGGCCUCCAUCUCCACGACCUACUAUCAGCUGAUGCUAUCGCAGGGAAUCUGCAGCGCUAUCGGUGUUGCCGCUGUCUUCAUGGCAUCGAUUGCCUGUGUGAGUGGCUGGUUUGACUCUCGUCGUGGCACCGCGUUUGGCAUCCUCGCUACUGGCUCGAGCCUAGGCGGGGUCGUGUUUCCCAUUCUGAUUACAAAGCUCAUUAAUAACGUUAACUACGGUUGGGCGAUGCGAACAGCAGGGUUUCUCAUUGCAGCCAUGCUCACAGUGACUAAUCUAACGGUCCGGCAACACAGCAACAUUAGACCAAGAAAAGAAUUUUCUCUUGGUACGCUAAAAGGGCCGUUUUCUGAACUACGAGUCGUUUGUUGUUAGCUGGACUAGCGUUAGUACCGUUUGGUCUUUAUACGCCAAUCACAUAUCUACCCACACUUGCCAUUGAUGUGGGAGUGACAAAACACCUUGCUCAGAAUCUUGUUUCUGUCUAUAACGGCGCAAGUCUAGUCGGGCGUAUUUGCUCAGGGCUGAUGGCAGACAGGUUUGGUCGCUUCAACAUCUUCAACACGUCAUGCCACGGAGCUGGCGUACUAGUUGUUGCCAUGUGGAUUCCAGGUACGGCUGCUGCAGUAAUAAUUGCCUUUGCAGCCAUGUUUGGCCUCUUCUCUGGCGCUUACAUCGCCGUCGUCUCAGCGCUCGUGGCACAAAUCUCUCCCAUUGAAUGAUUGGCUAUCGCAACGGCAUUUCAAGUCUUGCCCAUUCCAUCGGCGGACUACUCUCAACACCUCUUGCUGGUAUUAUUCUUCAGCAGCCUAAUGGCGUUGCAUGGGUGAAGGCUUACGCUGGUGCCUUUCUGCUUUUGGGUACCACUGGAAUACUUUUUUCACGGCUUGUCAAAAUAAGACCUAAGCCACCAGUUGUGGAAUAGGUUGCCUUUAGGUCCAUGUAGGGUGACAGGGUAUAACGGUAGAAUCUAGAAUAAAGUAUUAUUUAUGGAAGAGCUAUUGGUUAGCUGGUAGUUAUAGACGGUCUCGCUUUGUCUUUAACAUGAUAUAAACAUUAAGAUUAAAAAUCAUUAAGAAUUUGACCCUUCUAAGUAACUUAUCUAUAACUCUUGUCUUUUUUCCCCGACCCAAGGCGUGCGUGCCUAUACCCCG